AGAAAACCUCCCGGAGAUAGUAAAGACGGUCGGGUAAGAAGAAAUGGUGACUCCGACGGCGGCUAGGGUUUGGACAUCGAUCGCAGUAGUUACACGGCGUAAUUCUCGGCAGCUAUGGUCGUUGGCGUCUUACCCCAGCUCUAAUUCCAUCACUCGCACUAUCAGCUCUGGUAAUCUUCUGUGCAAGGUUUUGCAUAAACAGUCUUAUAAAGAACCUGCGUGGAAAGCUAGAUACUUGACUUCCUCUUGGUUCCAUUGUACUCCGUGUCCUGAGACCGCGAGCAACUCUGAGAAUAUGUCUUGUCAAGAUGGAGAAGCUUCUACAAAACCCAAGAGGAAAAAGCUCAAGGGAAAAAGAGCGGUUGUGCGGUGGCUCAAGUUUUUCCGGUGGAAAAAGAAGAAAGAGGUUGAAAGAAUGACUGCUGAAGAAAAGAUUCUAAACAAACUAAGAAAGGCUCGUAAGAAAGAGGAACGACUUGUGGAGACGAUGAAGAAGCUGGAACCGUCUGAGUCAUCUGAAACGACGCAUGACCCUGAGAUUUUGACACCUGAGGAGCAUUUCUAUUAUCUGAAAAUGGGUUUGAAGUGUAAGAACUAUGUUCCUGUCGGGAGACGUGGCAUCUACCAAGGAGUGAUUCUGAACAUGCAUCUUCACUGGAAGAAGCAUCAGACGCUGCAGGUUGUGAUCAAAACGUUUACACCGGAGGAAGUGAAUGAGAUCGCUGUUGAGCUUGCGAGGUUGACUGGUGGGAUCGUGCUUGAUGUCCAUGAAGGGAACACGAUUAUUAUGUACAGAGGGAAGAACUAUGUCCAGCCUCCCACUGAGAUCAUGUCUCCCAGGGUUACUCUCCCGAGGAAAAAGGCUUUGGACAAAUCCAAAUGUAGGGAUGCGCUUCGUGCGGUUAGGAAGUAUAUUCCGAGGCUUGAACAAGAGCUUGAGCUGCUUCAAGCGCAAACUGAGACGAGAAAGGGAGAAUCUCCGAGUGUAGCCCAGGUUGUUGAUGAUGAGGAUCAAAGGUCGGAAGAGUUGAAGAAGAUUAUAGAAAGAAGCCAAGAGUGUUUUGAGGAUGAGGAAGAUGAACUGGCAACGGAUUCUGAUCUUUCUGAUUUAUUUGAGACUGAUUCGGAAUCAGAAAACGAGAAGGCAGAGCGACCGCUUUUUCUUGAGGAGUUUGAGAAAUUUCCAGCGGUAAACAACAACGUAGAAGAAGAAGAUGACUUUGGGGGUCCAGGGAUGGCUAAAUCAGGAGAUGAGAAGGAGGAUGAGUCUCCAGAUUUUGAUGAGGUCGACAAGAUGUUUCUUCGGGCUGCUUCACUUUUAAACAAGAAAAGACGAUGAAGAAUGACCAAGAGAUUCUAGUUUUCAUCAUCUCACAAUUGGGGUGCAAUUGAAGAACAAAGUCACGAGUACUAUCUUCUUUUUCUCUUCUUGCUCAAAGGGUUAGUCCGUGUUUGAAUUUUGAUAAUGUGGUUAUGAGAAAUAUUCUUACUUACUCAUUUGGUAAGUUAAAAAAUAAAAGCUCCAAACUAAUGCAAAGCUGCUUGCUGGAAGCUCAUGCUUCAAAUCAAGUGCUAUGACCUAAUUGAUCCACGACAGCUUAUUUUUUUCCACGACCAAUCUUAUCUGUCUUCAUGUAAUUUCGG